CGGAACAACACACGAUCGAUACAACGGUAGUUGGGCUGGGUAGCAGAUCGUGGUUCUACGGCGACGCGACAACUUGCAAUGUGGGCGGCGGCAAGGGCGUCCUUUCGCCGGUCCCCCCUCCCGGUGCGGGGAACCACGCUUUCGAGGGCGUGGGCGUCCUCCUCCUCGGCGACACGGGAGCAACCGCAAUCUUCCUCCUCCGUUGCCUCUCUGAAGCGCCUGGUCCAGCCCUUUGUCCUCAAGUGCCAUCCCGACAUGGCCCGGCAGCAGGGCCUCCCCGAGUCGUCCAAGAAGGUCAACCUCUCGGCCAUCCAGAACCUCAACUCCUACCUGGACGGGGUCCGCAAGAUGAUGAAGCCGGGCAAGGGCGCCCAACCCGGCCCGUACCCCUUCCCGAGAGAGUCGGAAACGGUGGAAAUCGAUUUUGUCAUGUCCAUGGCGAAGCAGCCGUCCGAGGCGGGCAAGCACAACAAGGCCGGCCAGAAGCACGUCGUCUCGACCAGCCGCCGCAAGGUCGAGCUGUUGGUACCGCCCAUGGACGCGACACCGGCCGGGGUCAGGCGCCACGCCACCCGCCAGUUCCUCCGGCUCCUGCGGAUCUCGGACCUGCCCGCGCCGGUAAACCUCUCCCUGGAGGAGGACUACGAGGACGGCGGCGAGGACGGGCACCGGGAGGGAGAACGCCCGGGGAGCGGCCCGCCGUCCAAUCGACAUCGGCGGCGGCCGAUGACGCCCUGGGAAUCCUCGAGGGAGCGCUUCUGGAAACGCCACAACAGGGCCUUUGACCCGAAAAAAUUCAAGCGGAUCUACCAGGAGGCCCUCGGCGAUGCCGAGGUGCACCUCCGGACCCGCAACUGGAUCCGCGACAACCCGAGGCUCCGGCAUAGGUUGCUGGCAAAGGGUAUGUUUCGCUUGCAUCGUCUUGCGUUUCGUGUGCUGUCGUCUUCGAGUUUGAUUGGGUUGGAUCGAAUUUCGAUGUCCCCAGAACACGGUUCAUACUCACGUCGUCGUUUUGGUCCUCCUUGUUUUCCUUUCUCAUCCUUGAACGAAUCUUCUUUGUUUGCUCCGAACAUAGUCCUGUCCAACGUCCGGUUCACGGAGAGCAUCUCCCCCCUGGAGCGACUGGUAGCCUACCGGAGGCUCAUGCGCUUCCUGGACGAAAACUUUGACGAACUCCGCCUGGAGGACGCGGGCCGGUACUGGGAGGAACAAACCACGCUGCUGGUGGCGGAGGCCCGGCCCCGGCACCUCUCGCCGGCGUUCCUACGGAAGCGGCGCAAGCGGAACAAGCACGUGGAAACGGGGUACUCCUUCACGAUCCACCACGACAACACCGUGACGGUCACGAUCCCCGCCGACUUUGACCACGACGAGCUCCUCGAGGAACUCCUCCGGAACAUGGCGGACGUCGCGCAAUCGACGGCCCCGACCUCCGGUCUGGAGGGCGACUUUUACUCCGCCAUGUACGGGCACGAUGCAAUGGUCUAGAAGGGACAGCGGCGGAGGUUCCUCAACGCGAGACAAAGCCCGCCGCGCACCACCGCUCGGACCCGACGGCAUGGCUGCCGACUGCCGACGGCCGAGGCCUCCCGCGGCUCGGAACGGCCGCCGGGACCGGAGGAUCGUCCGCUCGCAAGCCCCCCCCCCCCGUGCGAGGGGCCGGCACCCGCGAAGAAUGCUUUCCCAUGGCUUGGACCGGGCCGUUUCCGUGCGGCAGGCAAGCGACGGGCGGGAAAUCCAACCCGGAACAACGCCCCCGCGGGAGCGGAGGCACGCAGUGCAAUGCAACGCAACACAAUGGGUAUUGCGAGACCAAAAGAAUUCGAUGCGACGCGACGCGAUGCGACCCGUUCGCGUGUCUCUUGGUUUCCCGCAGUGGUUGCUGGAGGCAGAAGAAAACACCAUCUUCUUGAACUCACGAGAGAUUUAUUGUGACAAGACCCAUUCCCCUUUUGCCACGGUAUUCAAUACUGUCUUUCCCUAUAGAAAGUCAUCAUCAUGUGAAGUGCAUCGGAAUCAUCUUCAUAAUAUCUAUAUAAAGCAAUUAAAACAAU